GAAUUGAUUUGUUUUGAUUUAGAUUCUCUUCUUCUCCAAACUGUAAUCAAACCGUUUGUGUUCCUUCAUCAUCUUCUUCAGAGAGACAGUGAGAGUGAGUGAGUGUGAGAGAGAGAGACCAAGAGAAAAAACUGUUUUUUCUCUUCAUCAUCAUUGUGUCAUCAUAAUUUCCAAGCAUUAAUUAGAUUGACCGUUACCAUUUACUCCACUCAACGUAACCAUUAUCACUUUGGAAAAAUAUAUUCAUUCAGUUUUCUUCAUUAUUGUUGUUUCUUUUUUCUAAAAAAAAAACAAACGAAACAAAAUUAAACUUAAUUGUGAAGUGAAUUUGUGAUCAUAUUUACAUUUCUCUUUCUUCGUAAUCAAUAAGCAAACGAAAUUAUCGUUACGACCCUUUCGAGCAUCUCAACGUACAUAUUACUAGUGACGUCCAACCUUCUCAUUGAUUUAAUUGUUUAUUGUGAUAAAUUGUAUUUUAAUCAUCACAACAAUUUGAUUUAAUCUUAAUUAGAUACUAAUGGCAGCCUUCAUAGCAAAACAAAUGGUUGGUAACCAACUAUCCGCUGUUAAAGACAUCGGCGGUGGUGGAGAUAGUGCUGAGGAAAAAGAGAAACUGGAAGAAUUGGAAAGGGAACGAUUGGAAGCACUUCGAGAAGCUGAGGAGAGACGUCGAGAAAAACAUCGAAAAAUGGAAGAAGAGAGAGAGAAGAUGCGCCAAGGAGUCAGAGGAAAGUAUGGAAUUAAAAAGAAAGAGGAGAAAGAGGAAGAGAUGAGAAAACAACAAGAAGCUCUGAUGGUUGGUUCUACCGACGGUGGACUGAAUAGAGCCAAGAAAACCCCUGAGGAAAUCGCCGCCGAAGCCGCUGCUGCUGAACAAGAUGAAUUCACUAAAAUCAAAACAACGAUAGAAACUCAAGUAAACGAAUUGAAAAGUACCAUCGAAGGAAAAUGUGUAAUCCAAUAAAUUGUACAAUUAAUUUAAUUGUGUUCAUUAGAAAAGGAUGUCACGUAUAUAAUUAUAGCCUCGAAGCAACAUCAACAACUGUAAAUGAACCCGGAUACGGAAACACCAGACAAAACCUAAAUCCAUUUCGAUACCUAAACCAAUAGCCUAUUAAUUAUCACACCAAAAGUAAAACGUUCAACUGUAUAAAGAAAACAAAACAAAUCAAUCGAUUGAAUUGGUAAGCGCAAUUAGCAAACUCUAUCUCAAAUCGACGGCGACGGCGACGACGAUAACGACGAUAACGACGAUAACGAUAACGAUAACGACGAAGUAUAAUCCUAACCCUUAAAAGCAACAACAACAAUUAACGAUUUCCAUUGAUGAUUGGAAAUUAUCUGAACUUUUUUUGUUCAGAAAAAUCAGAAAUCGUACAUGAAAACUAAACACACAUCGAGUCUCAAGCGAAUCAGAUGAUAUGAUAAAAUGAUUGCCAUCGGUUUUUUCUUUCAAUGCUUAUUCUUUGCUCAUGUUUUUCAGCAUUAUUAUAUCUCCAUUUCCAAGUUAUUGAGCUUUUAAAUCUGUAAAUAUGAUGAUUAUAUUGAUUGAUGCUGAUUAUUAUCAUCCAAUUGAAAGAGUUAUAUAUAAACAACAUCAGAAUCUCAUAGACUUCCCAACCUGAUUAUUCUGAUUGAGUGAUUAAUUAAGUAUAUAAAACAAGAAAUAUAUAAAUAUUAUAUAAUAUAAAUAUGCUUUAUAAAUAUUAUAAAUAGUGAGCUUGUCUGAUUCUGGUUCUAUUAAUUUACUCGAGACGGUAAAUGAGCGACAAAUUGUAGCAUUUUCAGUUUCUUUAGAUGGAAUGAGAACUGAAAAAAUGGAGAUUGGAAAAUAUCGAUAACUGAACUGAAUUUGAAUAGAAUAAUAAUAUUGAGAGAAAAACAAAAGAACUUGAACUUUACAUGAAGAAGAAAAAGAAAAUUGGAAAUCUUUUGAGAAUUUAGUUCUUAGAACUGAUAAUCAAUGGGUCGAGAAUGGAAAAUGUUUGUGAACGAAACUCAAUAUAUUCCAAUUGUCGUUCAUUUACUUGUCUCGAUAAUAAUCUUCUUCCUUUUACUUUCGAUUUGUUUCUUUUUUUUUAUCUCGAACAUGAUAAUUUCUAUUUAUUUUACUAUUAUCGUUCUUUAGUUUCCAUGCUCAACACUAAAAAAGAAUUUAAAUAUAAGAGAACAUUCUUAUUGUAAUUUCCAUUGGAAAAAAAAAUCGUAUUUCGAGUGACCUUUUCUUUUACUUCCUUCUUCUUAUUCUCAAUAUGAUUCCCUAUCUUUUAUUAUGAUAGAAAAACGAUUUUCAAGAUAAUCUUUUCCAUGAUUAUUAUUAAUACCUUUUCCUUUCAAUUAGAUUACUUCAUUGAGUUUUUAUGCAUUGACAACAACAACAAAAAAACAUCGACGAUUGAUUUUGUUUCCAAUAACGAAAAUGUUAAAGAGAAGAAAAAGAAAAGAAAGAGAAAAAGAAAGAGACAGUUCCAACGAAACAUCAAUUCACCUUUUCUAUAGCAAAUAACAAAAGUUCUGAUUCCACAUUCAGAUAAUCCAAUACCUCUGGUCUCUACUAAUCCCUUUCCAGGCAUUUUGUCCUCAUCAUUGAUCACCAAAUAUUAGCAACUUAGUGAUUAUGCUAAUCCUGUUUCUCAUUUUCCAAUCAGCUGAUUUUUGUUUUCAUCUUUAUCCUUAUAUAUAUAUAAAUAAGAAUAUCGGAUGUUCAGAUGAACCAUUAUAAUAUAUAAAUAAACGAGUCCAUUAGGUGCAAUCUCAGAGAUGCUCAAUUAGAUUAUGAGAGAUUUACAAAAGUAACUUUGAAAUCAUCGAAAACCAAAUAGCAGAAUCGAUAAUCAGUUCGCAAUGCAAAUAUGAACUACGAUUAAUUUUCAAUCCAAUUGUAAUCAUUUUCUUUCAAAUCCAAAAAAAAAUCAAUCCAUUAUAAUCACUUAGGGCUAUCAUUUAAUUCACUAUAAAAAAAAAUCAUGUAUAUUAACUAUCAGCUGAUGAUGAUGAUGAGAAUUAAAUUAUUCAUCAACUGUAAUAUUAAACCUACUAUCAUCCCCUUCCGUUCACUCACACACUCACAUUUGGCCUGGUCGAUAUUCACUCAGUCCAGUCCUCAACAGGUAGCUCAAACAACGAAUUGUGUCAACAUUUUAAUUUAAUCAUUGCAAUUUAAUUAUCUCUUUUCAUUUUAACGGUAGUUUCCAUUAACCAUUAGUCGAUCCAACAAACAAAUCAACUAAUCAACCAAACUUUAAACGAUCAAUAGUUUCAAUAGUUUAUUUGGAUUAACAUCUAAGUUGAGAAAAACUUUUUUGUUUUCGUAACUUUUGAGUUUCCAUUUGAUUAUUGAUUAAACUAGUGAACAGAAUUUAUUGUUUCUUUCUAAUUACAAUUUGCACUUAAUCCUUAAUUCCCACAAGUAGCAAAAUAUCAGGAAUCAAGUAAAUGAAAACAAUGAUAAUCCUAAUCCUUUGACUUGUUCGCUUCAUCAUUUAGUAAAUUAAUCUAAUAUCUAAUCAACGAAAAUUGUAAUUUUAAUUGUAACAACUACAAUCAACUGGGUAUGUUAUCGUUGCCUUUUUUUAAGAACCUUUUAAUCAGUUGGUACCCAAGUUCGUAGUUAAUUCCGAUUAUCAUUAUUAUCUCAUUUUUUUUUGUUCUAUUUUAAUUCUACUUUGUCUUUCGUUUCUUUUUUAUUUUCUAUUAAUUAUGCUCAUUAAUCAUUCUAAUUAUAACAUUAUAUUAAUCGUUAUUAUCCUUGAAAACAACUAUUAUUAUUAUUAUUA